AUGGAUACACAAGAACGUAUAUCCAGCACUUGUGAUACUGUUUCCAAAUUUAAUAGCCAAUACGAACUCAAUAAAAAUGAUUCUAUGUAUGAUGAUGACUCUGAAAUCGACAGUGAAAAUGAAACAAUUGAUGUGAUUUGUGAAAAUAGUGACCAAUCAAGUGUGGAUGAUAAUUCUCAAAUGCUCUAUAAUCGUUUGAAUGCAUCACAAGAACUUUUAUACGAUAAAAAUAAUGUGUUUUCUAAUAAAAAUGAUGUAUUUAAUUGCGGACGCGGUAACUUAAAUAUAAAUAGUUCACAUAAUAAGCUUGUAAAUAGUGAAAAUAAGAGCAAAACAUUUUUAAUAGAUAAUAUUUUAGGUAAUUUUAAAAGUAAAAAACAUGAAAAACCUUCCAAUAGCGAAACUGAUGACAAUCUCGAAGCCGGAGACGAACACAAUGUAUCCUCAACAUCCACGUGUGCUGAUCUUAGUGUCCUGAAUGGUGCUGAAAUUAUAGCUGGCCACGCGUAUGCACAUUGGCUGGCCACACGGCAGCCUUCUUCCAAUUUUUACGAUGAUAAAGCAAACAGAAGAACACGUCGAGCCGGUCCCGAAAGAAAACCGCGACAAGCUUACAGCGCGAAACAACUCGAAAGACUAGAAGCUGAAUUUAAACUUGACAAGUACCUAAGCGUAUCGAAGCGAAUGGAGCUAUCCAAAGCGCUAGAUCUCACAGAAGUUCAGAUAAAAACGUGGUUUCAAAACCGUAGAACAAAGUGGAAAAAGCAAUUAACGUCUCGGCUGAAGAUCGCCCAACGGCAGGGGUUAUUUCCUGCACAUGUGUUGGCACAUGCACCUCAAACAUACUCGCUACUAAACCCGUAUGCCUACCCACCGCUUAGCUGUGUAUUCACACCUGUAACACUACCGUCAUCGCCACCGUAAUCGCUAGGGGAUAAAAUGUUAUGCAAAUAAUAAUGUUAAUCAUGAAAAUAUUUGCUAAUGUUUUUUUUUUCCUUUUUCAUUGAUGUAAAUUGAGUUAUGAUUCGUUAUAUUUUGAAAAGCAAAUAUAUGGUAUGAUGAGUGAUGAUCCAUUCAGAUUAAUACAUUAUUUUAUCGAUUCUUACAACAUUAUUUUUUCAUACACUUUUUUCAGUCACUUCACUCUUUAAUUUACUUAGAUAUUAAUUCAUGAAUUUGCUACAAGUAGGUAAUUUUUUCAUUAAUACGCACUGUGAAAACUAUUUUUAGUGUAGUAAUCAUUUAACCUUUUGAUUGAUGGAAUACCAAACAUUUAAAUAUAUCUCAGUUUAUAUAUUAUAUUAUUCGAAAUGUGUACAAAAGAUUUUGUGACGUUAGUGAUAAGCAUGUGUUAAUCUGUAAAUUACUUUUGUAAAUAUAUGACUUUAUAAUAUUUUUCAUAAUAUUUUUACAAAAUAACAAAAAUUGAGGUAAAUUUGCUGUUAUGCUAAAAAUAGUUCAGAAUCCA